GGCUGCUCCUGGCCGGGGCUCAGCGGGCAGCUCUCCGGGCCGGCCAUUCCUGCUGCCGGGCGGUGUGAGGGCAGAGCGGAGCCCGCUGCACCUCUGCUCGCCGUCGGACAGCAGCAGCAUGAUGCUCCGGGGAGCCUGCCUCCUCCUCUGCCUCCUCUCCCUCGCCCAGGUCUCCGGCCAGCAAAACGGCAAAGCCCGGCAAAAACCGGCGGCUUCCAAAAAAGAUGGCGUGAGCCUCAAAAUGAUUGAAGACCUGAAGGCCAUGAUUGACAACAUCUCUCAGGAGGUUGCUCUGCUGAAGGAAAAGCAAGCACUCCAGACAGUUUGCCUGAAGGGCACCAAAAUUCACCUCAAAUGCUUUCUCGCAUUUUCGGAGACCAAGACGUACCACGAGGCCAGCGAAAACUGCAUCUCGCAGGGCGGCACGCUCAGCACCCCCCAGAACGGGGAGGAGAACGAUGCCCUCUACGACUACAUGCGCAAGAGCAUCGGCUCAGAGGCGGAGAUCUGGCUGGGCCUCAACGACAUGGCAGCAGAGGGCAAGUGGGUUGACAUGACGGGCGGCCCUGCCCGCUACAAGAACUGGGAGACUGAAAUCACCACCCAGCCUGACGGCGGCAAGCUGGAAAACUGCGCGGCCUUGUCGGGGGCUGCUGUCGGCAAGUGGUUCGACAAGAGGUGCAAAGACCAGCUGCCCUACAUCUGCCAGUUCAUGAUCGUGUAGUGGCAAGGGUCCCCCCUUGCCUGCCCCCAACCCAGGCCUUCCCCCACCUUUGGCAGGAUUAUAAAGCUAUAGGUAUGUGUAGGUGAACAUGUCUGUAUGCACGUCCAGGUAGAGUCACUUUUGGCUAAGAAAGUCAUCACAGCUAGGUGUCGGAUUAGAGAGAGUUAGAGCAUCUCGUUUGGCCACAUCCAGCCCCAUUAGCAGCUGCAUUGUUCUUACUAAGGCACAGUUUAUAGAUAUAUUUUUUUACACAGGGAAUUUAUUAGGACAGCUCGGUUGUUUUGGCAAAGAACCAGUGCAGCAGUCCAGCCUGGCAAACAGCUGACUUUGCUGCCCGGGGCUGUCGCUCUGUAAUGUCCUUUCCCAUCCUGCUGAGCUUUUUUGGAACACCAGCGUAGCUAGUUCCCGCUUUCUUCUGUUUUGCUUCUCCAUAAGCCCUGGCAACAAGGCAGAUGGGACUGAACUGCUUGUCCCUCACAGAACCCCAGUUCAGACCCCUGAGGACUGAGGUCCUGUCUCAAUGAGCAGAGGCAGUUACUCCUGCUUUGCCUUGAGAGAUACAGUCAGGUUUAUUGGCUGAGUACCAGCUGCUCAUCAGGUUGUCCAACUCAUCCAACUAUGUGCAUGAAUGAACUAGUAAGUAACAGGCAUGAGUCAACUUACUGAGAAGGAGGACAUCUUUUCCAGAAGUAUUCCCUAUUUUGUCGGUACUUUUCUCAUUAGUCAGAGCCCAAUGCUAUUAGGGAAUAUGCUUCCAUAUAAAAAAACAAUUGCCUAUUGAAAAUGAACCCCAGGAUAAUGCAGCUUUAGCACUAUUUUAGUGAUGGAAAUCCAUCUGAAAUAUUCCGGUCUCGGUUGGUCCAGACAGAGUCCUCAGCAAACAUAAAUCUGCUGAGUACUGUUUGUGCCAAUAAAGUCAUGCCCAGCAGAAGGUCUGGCCUCAGUAAUUUUUUGCUGAGAAAAGUGUUUUAGAAAAAUAAUAAAUUGAAAUAAACAGCAAUGAUGGGAAAGAAGUGCAGGCCACCCUGAGAGCUUGACAAGGCUUUGCUAGCUGUUGGCUAAAAGGUUUCAUCAGGCCUUUGCAGUUCAGAGCUUGGUGGUAACCCCUCUAGUUUGGGUCACAUCCCCUGCACUGCCAAGCUGGGAGUGUCGGGACAUGAUGCUCUUGGGGAGACUACGGGGAAGGUAUUUCAAUUUGCUACUAUUUUUAACAAUAGCACAAUGGUGGGACUUCCAAGAUCUUGAGUGGGACAGCCAAGCUGGAGGGAUGGAAACACACAUGCAGAGCGCACACUUCUGAAGCUGUCACUAUUGCCAAACUCUCUACUGUUCAAAUUACUAUAAAAUAAAUAUAUAUAUAGCUUGCUGAA